CUACAUUCUUCCUAUACCCAUUCAAUCUCUCUCUCUUUCAUUCGUCAUCGCAUAGCCACACACACACACACACACACAUACAUUAUACUUACUCUAAGCAUGUUCUCCAAUCAUUCGGUACUCGACCUGCCUACGUGUGGCUAUUCUGAUGCAUUUGUCAAGCGGUUCAUCAAAAAGAAGCCCAUCGACGACAUGCUCGAGAACGACUUUCCAGAUCCAUGGUACAUUUCCUCGCACAUUGUUAUUGCAUCUGAGCAUUUGCCAUGGUUACAGUCUCCACCGCCACCGGUGCCCAACAACAAGCCAUCAUCAUCCGUGUUGCCACGACGCCGUCGUUCCUCCAGCAUUAAGAAGCGAACUGUGCCUGUCAGGACAAGCAGUAAACAUCUUCAGCAGCAGCCAUUAUCACCACUACCUACUACGCCCACAACGCCUGCCACCAUCUCCUCUGAAACAUCAACACUUCCCACACUUCCUUCACCUUCCUCCUCCUCAUCAAACCGUCCUUCCUCCACGAUCCGUGGCAAGCAACAAAGCACCGAAACAAUCAUGCAAUGGAUGGAUCAGCGACUCUCACAACGCCCAUUGUCCCGCUCACCACCCAACAACAAGAUGAUCCAAGAGCAGCAGCAGCAGCAGCAGCAGCAGUCUUACAAACCUUCCACUGCACCAUCGAGAGCACCCUCCAUUGCAAAAACAACAACCCGACGACGACGUUCGUCGAGCUUGUCUAGCGAAGUUUCACGAGUGCUUGCCUCUCUUCCUAUCUCUUCUUCCACCACACUGCCUGACCAGCAACAACAACAACAAAAUGGCCGUCGUUGUAGCCACAGCAGUCUAGCCUUGAACAACAAGAAACUAAACAAGUUUGAUGCAGCCGAAUGGCCCCAUGUGCUAUCGCAAACCACAGACGAGCAAGACCGAAUGGUGGCACAGCACUACAUUCUACGAACAGCCUUUGAUGGUGAUUUCGCAGCCCCCAUCCGUACCAAUCUCGACAAGGGCUCCGUAGUACUAGACAUUGGAUGUGGGCCUGGCACCUGGUGCAUGGAAAUGGCGACCGAGUUUCCCCGUUCCACAUUCAUCGGUAUCGACCGUGUGUCCAACUACCCGCGUGAUAUCAAGCCCAAGAAUUGCAUCUUUCGUACGUGCAGCGUGCAGAAUCUGCCGUUGCCGUUCCCUGAUAAUAGCGUUGAUUACAUCUUCCAACGCGAUUUGAAUUGGGAUUUGCAAGCGCAUCAGUGGAGUCCGCUUGUCCGUGAGUUCUUGCGUGUCUUGAAACCUGGUGGAUGGAUUGAACUGGUUGAACCAGAUCUUGAAACUCAAAGCAGUAAAAGCCAAGAAUGUGCCAUGAACGAUAAACUGAUCUAUGGCAUCUCUCUGCGUCACCAAGACCCCUAUGUAUCACGCCACUUGUCAUCGAUUCUUGCAGCCAAUGGAUUCCGACGUGUCGAGAGCCAUUUCCAGUCACUGCCACUUGGCUGGACCAGCGACGAAGAUGACAACAAGUCCACCACGAACAACGCACGGCUAGCAAAAGCCGCAGCAAGCCAUCACAUGUUUACGUUACAAUCAUUACAGUCCUGGCUCUCUGCAGUGAUGGGCAACAUGAGCGCUGAACGAUACAACAACUAUAUCGCAGAACUACCGGCUGAAUGGAAACGUGGACAAACAUACAUCAACUGGCACCGUGCCGUUGCACAGAAGCCCCCAUCCAAACUUCAAUAAGGCCUUGUCUUGCUUUCAUUCAAUUUAGUACUCUGACAUUUUUGACUUUCUUGCCACAUGCAUCUAUCCAGCCAUCCAUCUGGUUUUUCCUAAAUCACCCGAUGCAAACACUGUCACUCGCUACCCGAUCCCCUCUUUACGUGUUACUCAAUUCCGUUCAUUUGCACCAUUUCUUGUCCGAUCUUCUCGCCACAUAUCACUUACUCACCCACCCACUCAUUGUACAAAAACAGUCCCAUCCUUUAUAUGUAUAUUAUCCCUUUCUCCUAGUUAUUAUUUUUGCUCUUAUGGUUGCUAACCUAUAUUAAAAGACCAUGUGGACAGAAGGAAAAGAAGAUGGAAGAACGCAGAACGUUUGACAUGUUUUGCUCUUUUCUACUCUUUUUUCUUCACUUCACAUUCCCGUAACGUCGACAAAAACGUUGA